AUGUCCACCCAGAUCGAUAACUUGUCGUUGUCCUUUAACGAAAUCCUAUACAAUAUCGGUGAUUUAUUUGAUGAUCUAUACACUGAUAAAACAGCUAAUCUGGUGCUGCCCAACAACAACAACAAAGCUGCUGAGAACUUGAACAAGGCCAUAAAGACAUUCGACAAGAACUUAGAUGACAUAUUGAUCCAGUUGAACGACAUCUCAUUAUUCGAUAAAAAGUUGAAGCAAAGAGCUAUAGAGAGAGAACAGCAAAAGAAUACCAUACCCGCCAAACAAGAACCCACUCCAGCUAAUGAAACUAAGCAACCAGAGAUAGAAUCACGGACUGCUCAGAAUACUUCUAAUGACAAUACUGAAAACUUUGGAAACCAUGAGAACUUAUUGGAUGAUAUAAGUAACUUCUUAUCUACUGUGCCAGACUCUGCUGAUGUUAACCUUAAUGGUGAUUUCAAUGACAAUAUUCAGGACUUGUUGAUGGAUGCUAAUCCAUAUGAUGACCCAAACAACACUGAGACAUUAGACUUCCAAAAUAACAGUAAUAAUGACAAUCAAAAUAAUGCUCAAAAUAACAUGAAUGAUAAUAGCAAUCUGGAGUUUGAUAACAACAUCUUCAAUGAGAUAGAUUCUAUGCUGAAUAUCUAG